AUGGAUGAGCUUUUCUCGUCGGGUAACAAUGAAAUCGAAAGCAAUUUCUCUACGAGGAAGCAGUACUGGCCUGGCCCUCUUAUCGACAGGCUGGUUGAGGAGAAUCGCGUCCGCCAAGAGCUGGACGAAGCCAAAGAGAAGUACGGCCAGGAUCUCGUGGACUAUAUCUUCAGUCAUGGCAAGAAGCUCUUCGUCAUCGCAGCCGCGGCAGAUUCCGACCCCAAGUGGCUGCUGAACGUGAUGAAAUUGUUCAUGGCCAACCGGCUCAAAGACAGCGAUCUGUCGGCAGAAGUUGGGCCGUCCCAGUGUCUCUCCAAGGAACGACUAGAACCGCUUACCAAACUCGACCCCAAGCUCUGGGCUCGGGGGAGGGUGCAUAGAUUUUGCGAAAUGCAGUGGAGGAUUGUUGUCCCCGUAUUUUCGACAGAGAAGGACAACUACGAUUUCGACGGGAGAGCCAUCCUGCCCUUCACCAAAGAGAAGUCAAUUGACAGCGGUGCAUUCAGUAAAGUGCAUAAAGUCCAGAUUCAGGAGGGCCAUUUCCAAGACCCAUCCUGCCCCAAAUCCGCGUGGCCAAAGUCAUUCGCUGUGAAGCAGAUCGUACCGCCUGACCCCAUCGAGCGAGAGAGAAUCGCGAGCAGUUGGGCAAACGAAGCCCAAACGUUGAGGAAAAUGAACAUCCGUCAUAAGGAGCACAUUCUUCGCUUCAUCACGGCCUUUACCAGACUUGACGACGGCUCAGACAAGUUGUACUACCUGCUCUUUGAAUGGGCUGAUGGGGGGUGCCUCAACGACCUCUUCGCCACAAAUCCGAGGCCAGCCUUGACGGACGAGCUGGUGAAGCACACGGCAACUCAACUGCUUGGCCUUGCCGAAGCAUUAGAGGCCACCCACGAGUUGGAGAUCCGGCACGGCGACGUCAAACCCGCCAACAUCCUCCAUUUCCAGCCCACCAAGCACCGCAUCAUCGGCACCCUCAAGAUUGGCGACUGGGGUCUCGCCAAAUACCACCCCGACCCCACCGUCAUGCGGCUAAAAAAGGGACAGCCGACUGACACGAGGUUCGGUACUACCGCAUACGAGCCCCCCGAGGUCGAGCUCGCCGACGUCAAAUAUUUAAGCCGCCAAUACGACGUCUGGUCUAUGGGCUGUGUCAUCCUGGAGAUCAUCAUAUGGCUCGUCUAUGGCUUCGAGGGCGUCAAAAAUUUCCGGACCGAUGUCCAGGGCCCUUACCGAGAGUCGGUCCCCUUCUAUGUGAUUGAAGAGAUCCAAGAGGGUACGAUGAAGGCCCGGGCCAAGCUGCAAGAGACUGUUGAGGAGUGGAUGGACUUCAUUGCCCAAGAGCCCGUCUGCGAUGGAGACACGGCUCUUGGGGAACUGCUAACCCUCGUUCGGAAGAAGCUACUGGUAGUCGAGCUGCCGCCCGACAUGGGACAGACGGUCUAUGUCAAGAACUGGGAGCCCGACGAGCCCAGGUCAUCAUCUUCGCUGGGCCCACAGGCCGAAGGGGUCCCCAGGGUAUCCAUCAGGGCACCCACGGCCACUGGUGACAAGCUCGUCGGCAUUCAACGCCACCGGGCUACAUCUGCACACCUGGUUGACGCGCUCGGCAUAGACGGCGGUAUCCUUGACGGCUCGGACCGGUCCGAAUACUACUGGCUGAGGGAGGGCGUGGAGAGGCGAGCAGCGCCGAGAUUCUAUCGGCCCACGCUGAGACCUGCCCAAGAUAGAUCAGGCCACUUGAUGGCCCAGUACAACCCACCCAGGAGUCUCGGGGCGGCAGCACGCGGCAGGGAGGAUAUCUCGGGGAGCAUGGGUUUGCUUGCCAUUCAAGAUCCUAUCAUCAAUUAUACGCAUCCGGAACUCGACGACAAAUGGGAGAUACACACAGACGAGAGAUUUGCUUCAAAGGUCAUGUCACGCAUCAAGGACUUGGCUGGCUUCACACUCCCUAAACCUCGCCGCGCUAGACUGUGUGACUCUUGCAAGAAGCUCGACUUCUUUCGGAGCCUAGGCUUUUCUGUCGAGUACGGGACAUCAGACCUGGAAGUACGGUCGAAGGAUUGCGACCUCUGUGCCCUAUUUUUGAAGACUGCCAAGAAACAUGACAGAGCUAGCUCGGGCAAGAUUCAAUUCGACAAGGAGCGAUCCUGGCUAAGGUUCAACAACGCCGGGCCCCCAGUGCUCUCCAUUUGCCGCAGCCUUGACUCUCGACCCAGGCCCGACAUUUACCUCGGGCUGCCCACCUUCCCCGACACGGGCAGCCAGACCCAUUUCGAGAUCAUCCGGCAGUGGCUUUGGUUCUGCGACGAGAACCACUCCGAUUGUCGCAGUAGCGCUUCGAUCCGAUGCAUGCCGACAAGAGUUAUCGACGUGGGCCACGAGGGAGACAGAUAUGUUAGUCUUUGGGAGACAGGACCGCAGGACAAGGAACAAUACGUCGCUCUUUCCCACCCCUGGGGCCACGAGCCUCACUUCGUCACCGAUGUCCAAAACCUUGAACAGCACAAACAAGGAAUCAUGCUUAGCAGACUGCCAGCCACUUUCCGGGACGCCAUCCACACCACCCGGGCCCUGCGCAUACGCUACCUGUGGAUCGACUCCAUCUGCAUCAUCCAGGGGCCGGGCGGCGACUUCCACGUGCAGGCCAAGCAGAUGGAAACCGUCUUCAGCUCGGCGUACUGCGUGCUGGCGGCCAGCCGGGCACACAACCAGGUCGACGGCUUUCUACUGCCGCGGCGCCAGAGAGACUACGUUGCGCUGGCCGAGGCGGAUGGGUCGCCGUUCUACGUCUGCGAGAACAUCGACGACUUCAGCACAGAUGUGCUCAACGGCCACCUCAACAAGCGUGGCUGGGUCCUCCAGGAACACGCCCUAGCCCGCCGAACCGUCUUCUUCACCCAGGGCCAGACGUACUUUGAGUGCGGCGACGGCGUCCGCUGCGAGACGCUGACCAAAAUGAGCAACAACCUGGCCGCCUUCCUCGGCGACCCCAACUUCCCGCGCAUCGUCAUGGCGGCCAGCCAGGGCGAGAAGAUCAUCCGGCUGCAGGACCUGUACAAGCGGUACUCGGCGCUGGGCUUCACGCGUGACAACGACCGGGCCAUCGCCAUGGAAGGGAUCCACCGGCGGCUGCUGCACGCGUUCCACGCCGACGGCGGCUACGGCAUCCUGGACGAGGGCUCGCACCGCAGCGGCCUGCUGCGCCGCAACCUGCUGUGGCACCGCCCCGCCAGCAGCCCGCCGCUGGCGCGCAUUCGGUUUCCGAGGCGCGGUGGUGGUGGUGGCCAGCCGCAGCUGCCGCCGCCGCCGUCGUGGUCGUGGAUGGCGUACACCGGGCCCAUCGACUUCCUCCGCCUCAAGUUUGGCGAGAUCGACUGGAUGGAAAUCCGGUCGCCGUGGUCCGAGAGAGGCGUGGCUGCUGCUGCUGCUGCUGCUUCUUCUUCUGUUGCUGCGCCGGCGGAUGCCGAUGCUUUGAGCAGAACGGGCGGCAGUGGUAGCGCGGCGCUCUGGGGGAGGGUAAGAGAUAUAGUUGAGAUUCCUGAAGCCGAAAAAGACGGCAGGCUGUUCUGUGACACUUCUGACGAGAAUGGCGCGAGGAACGGUAGCGACAGGAUGCAGUGCGUGGUUCUUGGCGUUGAAAAGGGCUCACUGGAACUUGCCUCGCGCCACCACUACUUCAUUCUCGUGCGGCCCGUCAGCUCCCCACAGAUUGGUCUUGGUGGCACCGUAUAUGAACGGGUGGGUGCCGGGUAUCUGCUCGGCAAGUAUAUCGAGGAAGGGGGUCAGGAGGCGCAAAUUUGCUGA